CUGAAUUAUGUCGUAAACAUUAUCUGUUUUGAAUUUCAGCACUACCUUUACCAGUUCAUUACAACUCUAUGUAAAUCUAACCAUACCAGAGUUUCCUUUAUAAAGACAUCUAUCUCACAGCAAGGCAUUACACCGGAAAUGUUCACUUUUCUAGUGUUCGCUUUCAUUGCUUCCACAUAUGCCGACAUCUGCCCUAGCGGCACUGGGAUGACUGAUCCUGUGCGAAAUGAGAUCUUGAAUGUGCACAACAAAUUCAGAUCAGCCGUUGCCACUGGACACGCUGCUGAUAAGAUUGGUGGAUUUGCGCCUACGGCAGCGAGAAUGUACAAGCUGAAAUACGACUGUGAAAUGGAAAGGAUCGCUGUUGCUCAUGCAAGCAGAUGCCAGUUUAGACACUCAGAUCGUAGAACAAGACAAAAUGCCGGUGAAAAUAUUUUCAUGGCAAGCCCACCUGGUGACAAGGUCCUGAUGGCUAGAAGAGCCGCUUACGCAUGGGCUGGAGAGCUGAACCAAUAUGGUGUUGGUAAGGAAAACAUGUUUACGAUGGCUCUAGCAAAUCGACCUGGAAAAACUAUCGGACAUUACACACAGAAGCUUUGCUCAAACGCCGUGCAUAUGGUGUAUUUGCGUACUAUGCACAAACUUCCGAAGAUGCGCAACAUGUUCGUUUUCGAUCAAAUGCUUGGCAUGCAAUGUCUGUUCAGUUUGCAUCUCAUAGCUUAA